UCCAUUUGUUCGGGAGAUUUAAUCACCAGGGAUUAAGGUUUUUUUUUUCUGUUUGCAGGCUGAACUCGUCGACAUGAGGGCCGAAUUGGUGCAAGCAAGAGCCGCUUCAGCAGCAUCUGGAUGUUCAGGUGGAUGCCAGGAAAGCGGUGACGCCGCAGGGAACGUGACGGACGCGGCACGAGCGCGUUCCGAGGCUGCACAACUGGCGCGGGAAAACGCGGCGUUAAGGGAAACGGUGCUUGCAUUACAUUCCGAACUCUUCGGAGCUAGACUGGCCACAAAGUACUUGGACAAGGAACUAGCGGGUAGGAUACAACAGUUGCAGCUACUCGGCAGGGAUAUGCGCGCUGAACUACGAGAUUCUCUUUGGGCUCAGGUGGAGGCAGAGAUCCUGGUGCAGCGCCACAAGACGUUGGUGCGCGUGUGUCGCGGCGCGGGCGCGGCGCGGGCGUGCGGGCGGCCGGCCGGCGCGGCGCCGGCGGCGCGCCCGCUCGCGCGGACCGUGCGCGUCAGGCGCUCGCCACACCUCGGCCUCGGCAUCUCCGUCACUGGUGGUCGUGAACAUGGUGUGCCGAUUCUAAUCUCCGAGCUAGAGGCAGGCGGGCCGGCCGCACUGACGGGGGAACUCUAUGUAGGGGACGCCAUACUCGCAAUUAACGAUGUCGACCUCACACAGGCGUGUCACAAAGAAGCCGUGCAGGCGCUGCAGAGUGUGAAGGGGGACUGCGCGCUCUGCGUGCAGUUCAUCGCCACCGACGAUGAUGAUAGACUGUCUGAGGACAAUUAUAGGUUCCCCCUGUACCCGGAGGACGGCGAGGUGUUCGGUGGGGAGCAGGACGGCUCGGGCGCCACGCCCACUGCACCGCGCACUCCUGACUAUAACAGACGCACCUCAGACGCGGGCUCGGGCAGCGAGUGCGAGUCGGAGCCGUACCGCGCCGCCCCGCCCCCGCCCGCCAACUACCCCGACUACAACAACAUCAACAACAACCUCAACAUACUCGACAUGGACGACGACUCCAUCAAGAUCGAGGCCAGGCUUGAGUGGUCGGGCGCGGAGGGCGCAGUGGUCGGGGCGGGGCGCGGGGUGGUCGGGACGGGGCGCGCAGUGGUGGGCGCGGGGCGCGCGGCGUCGUCCGCGGAGUCGGCCGCGUCCACGCCGGUGCACGCGCGACCCAACGCACUCAAGAAGAAACGCAAGCCCCAGGACUGGCGUACUAAGGGUGCGUAUAGACCCGUGGAGCUAGAAGCACCCUCCUCAGACGAACCUCUAACGGAAGCACCCUGCGAUAACCUGCCAGUCUCCGAUGGAGUACCAGAGUCUCCCAUAGCACCAGUUCCACCGCCGCAGAUAGUGCAGCCACUCAUCGACAUUGAACCCAAAGACACCAAGCCUAGCAAACCAAACGGCGAUAUCAAACCCCUCAGAAGAGAAUCUAAAGGAUUUAGGAUAGGGUCCGCGCGGAGGGUGACCGAGGGCGCGCCGCUAACGAACGGUGAGGUAGAGCGAGUCAAGUUCCCGCCGCGACUACUGGCCGGGGACGGGGACCCCGACUUUGGGACCCCCGUGUGAGCUCGCCCGCAGCCCCCACGCAGCGCCCACGCAGACCCCACGCAGCCCCCACGCUCAACACGAGACACGGCCCGCCGUGACCUGGCACUGGCCCGGACUCCACGUCCAGCGAGCUAGGUCACGACAGGGCUGUCGAUCGACGUACUUAGUAUUAUUCGAUCUCACUCUGCGUGCGUGUAAUGGCCUAUCGAAUUUAGAUGUAACAGUAUUCCUUCUUUUACGCCGAAGUGAUGUCUGAUUUUGAGUGCUUAUUUUAUUUUCCGCGUAUAUUACGACUGAGGAAGUAGUUUACGCGUAGAGAUGCGCUCGGUCGCUUUUGUGUGUCGAUAAAGGUAGUGAUCAUGAGAUAAGUUCACUAACCAAAUGUUUGGAUCUCUAAUCGCGAACAUUACCAUUGAGUUCAAGCAUUGCCAUUAUUAUGAGUUUGAGAAUUCAACUACUACCACUUUAGGUUGCUGGUCAAAGUUAAUUUGACGUAUUGGAAAUUAUACCCUUAUUUAUUUCAUAUUUAUAAAUUAGCUAAUAUGUUAAAAAUUAUAAUUUGAUGUAAAAAUGCACAAAACUGUUAUUGCCAACGAAAUAUUGAUGGAUGAUGUGGUUAACAGCUCGUUAAUGUGUGAUCCUCUCACACGCUGACAUACACUAAACAAGAACUAAUCGGAUAUUAACCACUGUCAUGUUGCCAACGAAUAUAGUCUACUCGUAUGUCUAACUAAACUGAAAUGAGGUUCAAUGUGAUUUACGACGACGAACGGAAUGCGUUAGCUAAUGCUAUGUGGAACAAUUGAUUGGUGCAUGUACCACCUUCAAUAUUUACAAAUAAAUUUGAAUCAUUCAUCUUCGGGUAUAUAACAGUAUCUAUGUACUAUUUGGAAGAGAACUUUAUACAAUAAGUAUUUAGAUAAUUUUAAUAAUCUCAUGUACGGCUCGCGAGCCUGAUUUACUACAGUUUAUUUUAGUUGUUUUGUUUAUUUUUGUAUCAUUUUGUGUACAUAUAGUUU